ACAACUCAUAUAAUUAGUCCUCCGACCCACGGAGGGCGAGAAGCAAACAGCAAAUAUUUUCCCGGAAAACUUACCUCUUGUGUUUCUCGCGUCGCUCUCUGAUUGUUUUUAUACCAAAGAAAUAGAAGUUUUUCGAAGCCGCUGCUCAAUAUAUUCGACGAGAUCAGUAUUAGUCAUGGCAUCAGUGGAGCCAGCCGGUCCACGAUAUGCGCCUGAUGAUCCUACACUUCCAAAUCCGUGGAAGGGUUUGAUUGAUGGUAGUACGGGUUUGUUAUACUAUUGGAAUCCUGAAACUAACGUUACCCAGUAUGAAAAACCGGCUUCUUUGCCGCCACCCUUGCCAGCAGGCCCGCCUCCUGCUACUACCACACCAAAGCUAGCUGCAAUUCCUGUUGCUCAUUCAAUGCAACCGAACGGAGUGAUGCCUCAGGAUGGGCAGCAGAUAACACAAGCUCCACAACAGCAGGGGUCGCAAAUAAACCAGUAUUCUCAACCGCAUGGACAGAUAAUGGCACAACAGCUGAAUCCAACAUCAUAUGCUCAACAGCAGGGAUCACAAAUGGCUCAACCUGGACAUCAACAGAGUUCACAAGUGGGACAGGCCAUGCAACAUCAUGGGCAUAUGAUGCAGCAUCCGGGUCAGCAAAUGCCUCAGCAACUGGGGCAACACACACCACAGAGCCACGGGUCACAAAUGCAUCAGUUUGCACAUCAGCAGAUGCAUUAUAUCCCUUAUCAGCAAAGCAUUCCUCCCCAAGGGCAGCAAAGUUCACAACAGCAAUCUAUGCAUAGUGCACAAGGGCAACCACUGGCAAAUCAACAAGAAUAUAAACCUGCAUUCUCUCAGAGGGAGGAAGAUGAUUUUCAACAAAGAAAUCAAAUUGGUGUUUCUCCAUCUCGAUUUCAACCUGCGGGUGCCUCAUCUGUGCAGAAUCUUCCUACUGGGACCAAUCCAGUACAAAUGCCACAGAGGUCUGUUCAUCAAGGGCCACCCCAACAAUUUGGCGGCCCUAUAGGAAACAUGCAACACCCUUCCUCUUUUGGUCACUUGCAGCAACCUGGGGCUGAUUUGCCUCACAAUCAACAUGGUUCUAGGUUCCAAAAUCAAAUGGACCCGGCAAUGAUACGUGGUCAGCAGUCAAAUGUGCCUCCUGUAGGAUUAAGAAUGGGUCAUGAAGAUAAUUUCCACGGUAGAGGUGGAAAUGAUUAUUACUUCAAUAGUAACAAUGAAGGGCCACCAGGUCCUCAGCAACCCAAACUUGCAUCUAUUCCGAUUGCAAGAAGUCAGCAGGAGAUGAGUAUGAGUGGUGGUCCUCCAUUUCAAAAUGCUACACCUGGUCGUGCCAAUGCACUGAAUACCAUGCCAGGUCCCAUGCAUAACGUGUACAGUCAUGCAACAGGUGGUCCACCUUUCCCAAAUAACUCUUUGGUGAAGCCCCCUUAUGCCGGACCUACAAGUGUUACUAGUCUUUCACCUGUUGAAGUUUAUCGGCAACAACAUGAAGUUACUGCAUCGGGUGACAAUGUUCCUGCACCGUUCAUGACAUUUGAAGACACUGGUUUUCCUCCAGAGAUAUUGAGAGAGAUUCAUGCUGCUGGCUUCACAUCUCCCACACCAAUUCAGGCACAAACAUGGCCAAUUGCUCUUCAAAGUAGGGAUAUAGUUGCAAUUGCGAAAACUGGUUCUGGAAAAACUUUGGGCUAUUUGAUGCCUGCAUUCAUUCUUCUUAGACAACGCCGUAAUCAUUCUCAGAAUGGCCCAACAGUCUUGGUUUUGGCCCCAACACGGGAGCUUGCAACACAGAUACAAGAUGAGGUCUUGAAAUUUGGGCGAGCUUCUAGGGUAUCUUGCACGUGCUUGUAUGGUGGAGCUCCAAAGGGCCUUCAGCUAAAAGAGUUGGAUCGUGGAGCAGAUAUAGUUGUGGCAACUCCUGGUCGUCUUAAUGACAUACUGGAAAUGAAGAAGAUUGAUUUUCGGCAAGUUUCUCUACUUGUACUUGAUGAAGCAGAUCGAAUGCUUGACAUGGGUUUUGAACCUCAAAUCCGUAAAAUUGUGGAUCAAAUACCCCCGCACAGACAAACCCUUAUGUACACAGCAACAUGGCCCAAAGAAGUAAGAAAAAUAGCAAGUGACCUUCUUGUUAAUCCUGUACAAGUGAAUAUUGGCAACGUUGAUGAGCUUGCUGCAAACAAGUCUAUCACACAGUACGUUGAAGUUGUUCCACAAAUGGAGAAGCAAAGGCGCUUGGAGCAGAUCCUAAGAUCCCAAGAACGAGGUUCUAAGAUCAUUGUCUUUUGUUCCACCAAGAGGUUGUGCGAUCAGAUUGCACGUAGUAUUGGACGCACUUUUGGGGCUGCUGCAAUUCACGGGGACAAGUCUCAAGGUGAGCGAGACUGGGUUUUAAAUCAGUUCCGGAGUGGAAAAUCCCCAGUAUUAGUUGCCACUGACGUUGCUGCUCGUGGGCUUGACAUCAAAGAUAUAAGGGUGGUGGUAAACUAUGAUUUCCCUACUGGUGUUGAAGACUAUGUUCACCGAAUUGGAAGAACUGGGAGGGCUGGCGCAACUGGGAUGUCCUACACCUUUUUCUCCGAGCAAGACUGGAAAUAUGCAGCUGAUUUGAUUAAAGUUCUGGAGGGAGCUAACCAGCAAGUGCCCCCAGAGGUGCGAGAGAUUGCUCUACGUGGUGGGGCUGGUUUUGGCAAGGAUAGGAAUCCGAUGAACCGUUUUGAUUCCGGUGGGCCUGUUAAUGGUGGUACUGGCCGCUGGGAUUCCGGCGGCCGUGAUGGAAUGAGGGAUGGGGGUUUUGGUAGUCGUGGCGGUACAAGGGAUGGGGGUUUUGGAGGUCGUGGUGGCAUGAGGGAUGGUGGUUUUGGUGGUCGUGGCGGCAUGCGAGAUGGCUUUGGCGGUCGUGGUGGCCCUAGGGAUGGUGCUGUUGGCGGCCGUGGUGGGAGAGGCGAUUUCUUUUCUGGACCUGGGAACAGGGGCCGAGGAUUUGGUGGUCCUGGUGGUGGUAAUGUUGGUUGGGGUAGAAAUGGCAGUGGCCCGCAAGAUCGGUACAACAGUAUGGAUGGGCGUGGAGGACGUGGACGGGGACGAUUUGAUAAUAGAGUUGAUUUUCCUGACAGGAGCAGAGGCAGAAGCUAUAGCCGUAGCCCUGACAGAGUUCGAACAUGGGAUAUCAACAGAAGCAGAAGCCGGAGUCGAAGCCGCAGCCGCAGCCGGAGUAGGAGGAGUCGGAGCUGGACCAGGAGUCGGAGUCGUAGCCGGAGCUGGUCCCGUGGCCGUAGUCGCAGCUACAGUCGUAGCCGAAGUCGUAGUCGUAACCAUAGUCGGAGCCCCAGUUAUGAAAGAUAUGAGAGGCCGCCACGCGUUUCGAAAUUUGACGUGAAGGAUCCUGUUCCUGAAUCUGGGGCUCCACCUGUACCAGAGAUGGUUCCUAUGUCCCCAGACACCAAGCCCAUGGGCGAACUGCCAGUGGUUGAGGAAACUGAGCCAGUGCAUACACAGGUUGUUGGAGGAGACCCUUCUCAUCAUCCAGCGACUUAACCUGAAACCUGUCCUUGGGUGGAGGGGGAAACCCUUCUCACCAUCCAGACACAGAUUGCUUUUUCCAGUGCUUGUGUGGUGCAUUGAUGUCAGUUUUGGUUCGUUAAGUGUCUCGCUUACGCCGAUCUGCGAAGCUUGCUUUUUGGUGUGAGAAUACUUGUAUGCGGUAUGUUGGGGCUGGGCUUCCUGGAAUGAAUUGGAUGAUACAUAUGCCGUGGGAUGAAGACAUGCUGACCUGCCCAACUGCUUCUGCCGGUGGUGGAAGGUCAUUCCAGGUAAUUGGAGGUAGUUCUGGACGAUGGAUGUGUUAGGGUAGAGCUCUAGAGCACUCUUUUCAAGCACCGUCUAUUAUUUUGAUCAUUCAACGGUUGAAUUUGAGUAUUGCAGAGGACGUUAGCUCGUCGGAAUAUUGGUGUCUUGUGUGAGAAAUUGGGAAAGACAUGUAUUACACCUUUCCCACACGGAGUUUAGGUGCUUAUUUUUACUAGAUAUUGUCAAGAAUUAACCUAUUUUUUCAAGUAACUUUUCUACGUUUAA